AUGUCUAUCAUGAAGAAGCGUCUCUCUGCGCAGCUAGAGCCUGCUCGCCCCAUAGGAUCCCCACCGGGAGUAUGGCAGGGAAUCAAAGCAAUUAUCAUGAUGUCAUGGCUGAACGUUCUUUUAGUCUGCAUUCCAGUAUCAUGGGCACUCAAUUUCGCGCUCCCGCAUACGGACUCCAAUGAUACCCUUAUUUUCAUCUUUUCUUUCCUUGCCAUCAUCCCACUAGCGAAGCUCCUAGCAUUCGCCACCGAUGAGUUGUCAAUACGGGUAGGACAAACGCUCGCAGGCCUGCUCAACGCUACACUUGGCAAUGCCGUGGAACUCAUUGUAGCUAUUAUCGCGCUCAUCCACUGCGAACUGCAGGUCGUCCAAUCGUCAUUGGUCGGCUCCAUCCUGAGCAAUCUGCUGCUGGUCCUGGGAAUGUGCUUCUUCGCUGGCGGCGUCAAGUUCUCCGAACAGGGGUUCGGCCAGAGCGCGGUACAGCUCAACUCAUCGCUCCUGACUGUGUCGGUCAUCGCGGUGCUCCUCCCGGCGGCGUUCCACGAGGUCGCGGGGAGUAUUAUCCCGGAUGACAAGGAGGGCCCGGACGUGCUCAGCUUCAGUCGUGGGGCUGCCGUCAUCCUUCUAUUCAUCUACGGAUCGUACCUCGUGUUCCAGCUCUUCUCGCACAAGGAGCUGUACGAGGACGGCGCGGAUGUGUUCCGGUCGACGAAUUACCCCGCGGGGCGCACGACGCUCCAGAAGCCGCGCUGGCUGCACGUCCCGGCACGCCGCCGGAACCCGAACGCGAGUGCGGAGCCGCUCACGCCGCCUGCGGCUGACAAGCAGAACUACGAGAUGGCCGGCAUGGCGAGCAGCCCCCGCGCGAUGAGCGACGACCCCGCGACCGCGAGCCCCGCCGGCUCCGUCAGCGAGCACACCGCCCCCGACAUGGAGGCGCAGAAGUCCGGCGAGGAGGAGGAGAUCGAGACGCCGCUGCUCAGUGUGCCCGUGACGAUUGGCUUGUUGGUUGUGGUCACGGUCCUCGUCGCCGUCACGGCGGAGUGGCUCGUCGACUCGAUUGACGGUCUGACGGAUAGCGGACAUAUCCAGAAGGAGUGGGUUGGCCUCAUUCUCCUGCCGAUUGUGGGCAAUGCGGCGGAGCACGUCACGGCUGUCACGGUCUCGGUCAAGGACAAGCUCACGCUGAGUCUGGGUGUGGCGGUUGGCUCGAGUAUCCAAAUCGCGCUGUUCGUCAUUCCGUUCAUCGUCAUCCUCUCGUGGAUCAUUGGAAAGCCGCUGACGAUGCUCUUCGACCCGUUCGAGAGCAUCGUGCUCUUCCUCUCGGUCCUCGUCGUCAACUACACAGUUCAAGAUGGAAAGAGCAACUGGCUCGAAGGCAUGAUCCUCAUGUGUCUGUAUCUCAUCAUAGCCGUCACGUUCUGGUACUAUCCUGGUGUUAGCAUCUCACAACAGAUCGCGACUCAGAGCCUGACGUGCUGAAGUGGGCGUGGCCACGGUCGUGUCUGCCACACCUCUCCUUCACUAUACUCGUCGCCGGCCCAUAUUAUUCUCCCCUUCUGGCAUCUCUCGCAGUGUCGUCUAAUUAAGGGUUCCUACCACUUCAUAGACACGGGUU